AUGUUUAGAAAAAAUGCCAUUUCACUAGAAAUAGAAAUAGACGAAAAUUUUACUGGAAUUAUGUAUGGAACACCAGACGAGUCUGCCGGAUGUCAAUUAAAAGGAAAAGUAGUAUUAAGGAAUAAGAAAACGUUCACAGCGAAACAAUUAUUUUUGGUGUUUACUGGGCAGAUUUGUGUUACUUGUGGACCACUAAUGUCUUCCAGACCUGAAUAUUAUGAAGAACAAACAUUAUAUCGUAAAUUGUGUUAUUUUCUUAGUACCGAACACACCAACAAACAAAUUCCUUCCGGAACACAUGAAUUCUACUUUGAAUUCGAUUUACCAGGACAUCUACCAACUUCCUUUAAAGGAACUAGAGGGAAAAUCGAAUACUAUUGCCACGCAUUUCUUGAUCGUCCUGUAUUCUACAGUAACAUGUCUUCUGAGAAAUCCAUUAUAACAUUAAAACGAUGUCUAAUGAAAAUAAACACGACGAUGGAAGAUGAAUCAGCCGGAACCAGCUUUAAUAUUAAUCGUGAUAGUAUUAAUAAUGCACGAUCUUUUUCUGAAGGAAUGUUGGAUAAUAAUAAUGUUCAGUAUCAGAUUAGUACUCCUGUUAUUGCUUAUUGUGAAGGUGGAUUGGUAUCGGUAGACUUGUUUUUAAAACCUAUGAAUUCGGAUAUUACUAUUGAGUCGGUUGAGUAUGGGCUUAAAGAAUAUACUAGUUUUCAUACAACAGGAGAGGCGUCAUUAAUAUCAGUGACAGCGAGUAUAUACGAAGAAACCUUUCCACUCGGAAAAAGAAAGAUCAAACUCGGUGAACGUGCAAAUAUGAUCCCAAUACAUUUUCGAUUGUUUCCUCGAGUAAAAUGCGAUCUAGAAACGAAAUUAAUUGAACUUAAUCAUAAAUUAUCGUUCACAAUUACCGUAAGAGAAGGAAGAGAAGGAAGAAGACAACGUUUAUCAUUGCCACAACAUCAUCAAUUUGAUGAUACAGAGCAAUGCAACUCUCUUAGAGAUUCUGCAAAUAUUAUACGUCACCGAAUAUCAUCCAACGAACGUCGUCGAUAUCAAUAUAUAAAUUCAUUGGAGGCACUUGAAGGACGACGUAUUACAGAAUCUUCACAAUCACCUAGAGGACGUGACAACGACGAUGAUGAGGAAAAAAAUAUUCGGAUGUUGCAAUUAGAGGUUCCGAUUAUUGUCACUUCUAAGCCUAUUAUCACUAGAAGUAAUAAUCAGGAUGCUACUGUUGCUAGUAGUGUAAAGAAACGCAAAGUUAAAAGUGUACCCGCUUUUCCUGAUAAUCUUUACGACACUGGCUACAUGAUUGAUGAAUCGGGCCAACUUUGUUAUCUUUGUGGGAAACCAUAUAAUUUCCACGAUGGAUUGAGAAGGGAGAGUAUUCAGCUAUAUGAUCAUCUUGUUGAUCUUUUAACAAAACACGUGUGUGAAGCUUUUGUGAAUACUCACGGUCUAAAAGAGAUCUUAAUUCCUUUUGGAGCGACCCAAGAAGGUGUCCACUCUCGAAUUUUUGUGAGUCCGGAUAUAUUCGAAAAUGAGAAAAUGACGGUCUUUGUUCCGUGCACUGGAUAUCCAGUCGGUGUUUGGUCUCGAAGAGUAAUGGUGGAUCAUUCUGUUCCGGAGGGUUCUAUGUUGAAAUACACCAAAGAUGCCCUUGAUCUAGGAUUCUCUUUGAUUAUCACAAAUCCGAACGAAGUUUACUGGUGUAAUGGAAAACCGUUGGCAUUACCGCGAGCUUGCGCUGAUUAUCAGCCUAUACCAGUUGAAAUACUCAAAAACAGAGUGAAGGCCAUCGAUUUUGUGACUUCUACUCAUUCUCUCAAGUACAUCAAAUCAGGUGCUCUGAAACAUUGUCGAAAUUGGGUUAUUUCCGAAAAAAGUAUCGGUGAAGAAGUUGUUGAUCCGCAAUUUGGAUGUGUGUGCCUUUCUUCUGGACACACAUUACAAGAAUUCAUAAUUCGGGAUGUAAGAUCGAUGGUAUUUAAUCAUUUUCUUCGAAGACUUACCAAUGAGCAAGAGCAGCAAUUUGGUAUUUUGGAUACUCGAGAUAGAAACGAAAAUGAUAAUGAGAAUGAUCUCAUCAUCGAGAUGGACGACGAGAAAUUUGUACAAGAAAUGGAAAAUACCAAAAUUGUAGAUGUUUCUGAAGGGAUCGAGAUUUUGGGCGUCUGUGUUCCUUUGGGCGAGAAGAAAAAAGAGUCGUCUGGCACUGGAAAAUAG